UCACUAUUAAUGUCCGACCAAAUUGAUUUGGACUCUCAAAUUUGACAUGGUCAAUAGUUUUUGUCGAGCAAGAACGUGGGAGCAAGUAAAAUACUCUGGACUCUCAAAUUUGCAAGUUCACGUUGUCCACCUCCUAUCAUCAGUAAAACUUUGCUUGGGUAGUUAAUUUAUGUCCCAGGAUUUUUAUCCCCGACGCGCAUCUUGAAUAUUCCUCUCUCAGUUUGAUCAAAGACAGGCGAUUCACGUCGGUUAUCAGAAACAUUGGGGAAAAGAAUAUACUACCCUUGUGCUCUACUCCUAGUUUUGAGUUUGUAAUCCAUAAAGUUGGUGAGAGAGAGUGGAGAGAUGGAGGGAGGUGAGGAGGGAAUUGGGAGGAGUUUGGGUGAGUUGAGACAAGCUUUCAAGAGCAGAAGAACAAGAAGCGUUGGAUGGAGGAAAACCCAGCUCCAAGCAAUCCUCAAGAUGAUGGAUGAAAAAGAGGAUCAAAUCUUCAAAGCUCUUCAACAAGAUCUUGGGAAGCACCCUGCUGAAGCUUACCGCGAUGAAAUAGGCGUUGUGAAGAAAUCAGCCAGCUAUUCUCUGAGUCGUGUUGGGAAAUGGAUGGCCCCGACGAAGGGCCGGAUACCGUUACUUUUCUUCCCAGCAAGUGCAGAAGUGUUGCCGGAACCACUUGGCCUGGCACUGAUUUUUGUUUCGUGGAACUUCCCUAUCUCACUGGCAUUGGAUCCAUUGAUAGGGGCGAUAUCCGCUGGAAACGCUGUUGUCCUAAAACCUUCAGAGCUAGCCCCAGCAUGUUCUUCUUUUCUUGCCAACACCAUUCCUCUUUACUUGGACUCCAAUGCCAUUAAAGUCAUUGAAGGGGGGACAGAUAUUGCUGAACAGCUACUGCAGCAGAAAUGGGACAAGAUAUUCUUCACCGGGAGUCAACGAGUAGGAAAGAUCGUCAUGUCUGCAGCUGCAAAGCAUUUAACGCCGGUCACUCUAGAGCUGGGCGGGAAGUGCCCCACCAUUCUCGACUCCCUCUCCAACCCUUCCGAUAUCAAGGUGGCUGCCAAAAGAAUAGCAGGAGCGAAGUGGGGGCCAUGCUCUGGACAAGCAUGUAUAGCAAUAGAUUAUGUGCUAGUGGAACAUAAAUUUGCAUCUACUCUGAUUGAAUAUCUGAAGAAAACGAUCAAUAGAUUUUACGGUGAAAACCUGAAAACCUUGAAGAACCUCUCCAAAAUCGUAAACAAACACCAAUUCGAAAGACUACGCAACAUUAUUGAAGAUCCGGCUGUUGCAGCUUCAAUUGUUCAUGGUGGUUCACUGGAUGAAAAGAACUUGAUCAUCGAGCCAACAAUCUUGUUGAAUCCUCCACUUGAUUCUGAGAUCAUGACCGAAGAAAUAUUUGGCCCGUUGCUUCCAAUUAUUACAUUGACAAACAUUCAAGACAGCAUUGAGUUCAUAAACUUGAGGCCGAAACCUCUUGCCCUUUAUGCAUUCACCAAAAAUGAAGCAUUCAAGCAGCGAAUUUUGACAGAAACAUCGUCAGGAAGUUUGACCUUCAACGAUGCCAUGCCUCAGUUUGUUUGUGAUUCGUUACCGUUUGGAGGCGUGGGGCAAAGCGGUUUCGGGAGGUACCACGGGAAGUACUCGUUCGAUACGUUCAGCCACGAAAAGGCAGUUCUGCACAGAAGCUUCCUCAUAGAACUAGAGGCCCGGUAUCCUCCAUGGAAUGACUUCAAGUUGCAGUUCAUCAGAUUUGCUUACAAGUUUGAUUACUUGAGACUUGUCCUGCUCUUAAUGGGCCAUAAGCUGAAGGGCAUAUUCACCUCAGGCCACCAAGAUUAGAAGGACUUUGCAUCAAAAUGCCCUUUGUUUCUGUGCAAUGCGUUUUGUGGUACCAAAACUACAAUAACCUGUCUACCCAGGAUCCUCUGUGAAAUGCUUAGGUGCUUAUGUAAUAUUUGUUUCUGUAUGCUAUUGACUUAUGUGUCGAGGUUCGCCUUUUAUCCGUGUGCUAUUGAUUUAUGUGUCGGGCUAAUCGAAUAGGGGGUUUCGGUCUGGCUUAAA